AUGCAUCCACUGAUUUUGUUCAGGAUCCUGAUCGUCGGGGUCGCCACUGCUUCGGCGGCGCAAUCGUCGACGCCAAACGUCGACGAAUCGGAUGUAACGUAUUUGACGAAUUCGGCGUUGAAGCUUUUGGCGGUUGAAAAAGUUUCCAGCGGCGCAGCUCACUUCUCAGGGGAAUUGGUCCAGCAGAGGAAAGCUCGAAUUGAGCCAAAAAAUGGAGAAAUUUUGUUCAACUGGUUUUUCUCGAUGCAGGAAAUCGCGAAGGACCAUCGAAAGAAUCUGGUCAGUUCGCCGCUCGGUGCUACCUUCGCCUUGUCGAUGGCAUCUUUCGGAGCGAAAGGUAAUACGUUGUGGCUUCUGUACAACGCUCUCGGUCUGUCCCUGCUCGAGGAUAUUAGCCAAAUCGGCUUCCGGACAGUCGUCGAUCAAUUGAACAGUUACAAAGCGGUGGAGCUCCACGUGGCGACGAGCGCAUUCGUUUCUUCAGCGAUCGAGCCAAAAGCCCGUUUCGUCGAAGCGAUCUCGAAGGUCUUCCGUUCCCCGGUGCAGAGCGUCGAUUUCAGUGAAUCGGUAAAAGCGAGCAACCUCAUUAACGGAUGGUGCGAAAUGGCGACGAACAGCCGCAUCAGCAAAAUCGUUAACGCAAACGAGCUCGACGAGAACACCGGCUUGGUCCUCGUGAACGCGGUCUACUUCAAGGGCGAGUGGUUGAAAAAAUUCAACGAUUUCGGCACGUUCGAGGCUCCGUUCAACCUCGAGGACGGCACGGUGAAGCAAGUGCUCAGUAUGAACGCGCGCCACACUUUGAGUUAUGGGCAAUACCCGGAAGUGGACGCCGCCUUCGUCGAGCUUCCGUACAAGAAGGAAAAGGGUACCCGAGGAAUGAGCAUGUUCGUCAUACUUCCCAAUGAAAUCGACGGGCUCGCCCAUCUCGAAGCGAACUUCCACCGCAUCAACGUAAAAAACCUAAUUCAACGUGGAAGACCUCAGCAAAUCAAUCUCCGGCUACCGAAAUUCACGAUUCAGAGUGAAAUCGAGCUGAAAGAGCCCCUGAAACGAAUGAAUAUGGGCGAUCUGUUCGAUCCUUCCACAGCAGACUUCUCGGGAAUCGUCGACACGCCUCGUCUUGGUUUGGACAAAAUAGUGCAGAAAGUUUUCAUCGAAAUAAACGAAAAAGGGAGCGAAGCUGCAUCGGCCACUGCUUCUUUCUUCACUUUGAGAAUGAAUCGGGGAUCAAAGUCCACCGACUUCAUAGCGGACCGUCCGUUCUACGCCAUCAUUGCGACGACCGACGAGAACCCUCUGAACGUCUUCACUGCUCGGUUCACCGGCCAAGAAGACUUUCUCUCGUUGACGAUCUUCGUACUGGCGAGCAGCACGACCCUGGCGACGGGGAGCCCAUCGCAGAACGAUCAAUCGAAAUUCACUUAUGGAGCGAGCUCGCUGCUCAGGCAAAUAGCCGUGAGCCAAGUGACCAACGGGGCGGCCAAAUUCUCGGGCAGAUUGGUUCAGCAAGUAGCGGCGAACGAUCGGGCCGGUUUCGUCAUCUCGCCGCUCGGUGCUGGGCUCACUCUGUCGAUGGCAUCGUUCGGGGCUCGAACAUCCACCGAAAACGUAUUUCUCAAGGCUCUGGGACUCCCUUGCGUCGAAAACGUCCGGAAAGUCGGGCUCCAAACGGUCGUCGAUCAGCUGAACAGCUUCAAAGACGUGACGCUCUACGUAGCGAACGGCGCAUUCGUUUCUUCGAGGAUUCAGCCCGAUCCCGAAUUCGUUGGAGCGACGAAAAAGACUUUUGGCUCGUCGGUCGAGACAGUCGAUUUUAGCAAGCCGGCCGAGGCCACCAAAGUCAUAAACGAUUGGUCCAAGGAGAAGACGCGAUACUGGAUCCCGGAAAUCGUCACUCCAGAGGAUCUCGACGACGGUACGAGCUUGGUUCUCACGAGCGCCGUCUACUUCAAGGCAAAAUGGUUGAAACAAUUCAACCGUGAACAGACUGCCGAGUCGAUGUUUUACCGCGAGGACGGAACGACGAAGCAAGCGCUCAGUAUGACAGCAAUCCACAACAUUCCUUACGGGGAAUACCCGGAAGUGAAGGCAAAAUUCAUCCAACUUCCGUACCAGAGCAACGUCAGCAUGUUCGUCUUGCUCCCUGACGAGAUCAACGGUCUCGGCUACCUGGAGGCGAACUUCCACAAAAUCAGACUCCGCAAACUCAUUCAGCGCGGUAAAGAGAGACUCGUGAACAUUCAGUUACCGAAAAUAAAACUCGAAAGUGGGAUUCAGCUGAAAGAACCGUUGACACGAAUGGAGAUGGGAAAUUUGUUCGAUCCGGACAACGCAGACUUCACCGGAAUCGUCCAGUUCCCGAGGAUUUUUAUAAAGAAAAUUAUUCAGAAAGCUGUGAUAGAGAUCGACGAAGAAGGCACCGAGGCUGCUGCAGCGACGGGCGCGAUUUUCGGAACUCGAUCGACCAGUGGACCAAAAUAUCUCCCCUUCAUCGUCAACCGUUGUUUCGUCGCAAUCAUCGCUACAACGAACAAGAAUCCUGUGAACAUCUUCACCGCCCGUUUCACCGGGUGAGACGAAGAGAAAAUCUUGACUGUCACUCGAUAACGGAGCUUGGGCUCGCGCGAAACCUCUGAAUCGACGAAGCGGCCGAAGACGAAAUGUGAUUAAA